CACCAGGAGCUCAGUCUCGUCCCGACCACGUCGUUAACCGGAACCGCGGCCCGUGUCGUUCCAGUCCCGGUAACUCGAAAAUACGACUCUCCCACCGAAAUCCGGCGAUAAUCCACUCGACAUGGUUUUAGGUUGGUAGACCCAAUUGGAUAAUUGUUACCCAUGUGAAAAACUCUUGUGGUCCCGACCUAUUGGAAUUUUUUUCUUAUUUAUUUGAAAGUGUGUUGACAUAAAAUUCUCUUCCUUUUGUGUGUUCUGUUUUUGUGUUGUAUACCCGAGGUUAUUAUAUACAAUCUUGUGUUGUAAACCAAAAAUUAUAAAAUUUUUGGAGAGGAUUUUUUUAACGUCCACCCAGUCUAUCCGUUCUCCUUUCAUUCAUACUGCUUGCCUAAGGAUGAUGUCUAAAAGUAAAAGCGCGAAAUGAUGAGGAGGAUUCUCACUUUGCUACUUCUUGCAGCCAACUUCGUGCUAUUGGCCUUCUGUGACAAUUUAGCACUUCUGUCAGGUACGCUGAGACGGUACGAGAAGGCCGCCUGCGAGGACGAGUCGCUGGCACUCAGUUGCCCCCAGGGUACGUCGAUAUCCGUCGAGAUCGCCCAGUACGGGAUCAACCCGAGAGCUGCUUCAACACUUUGCCCUCCACCGAUCCCGGCCAUAAGUCAGACAUCGCCCUGCACACCACCUAACGGGCUUCAAUACUCUCUUCUGCAGACUGUAGUCGAAGCGUGCCAGAAGAAAAGGCAGUGCAAGUUUCAGACUUCGACUAAGUCCUUCGGAGGAGACCCGUGCCCAGGUGUACAGAAAUACGUCCUCGUCGCGUAUAAAUGCCGCCCUUAUGAGUUUAGAAGUAAAAUAGCCUGUGAGAACGAAGUCGUCCAGCUGAACUGCAACCCAAACUCGAGAAUUGCCGUAUAUUCGGCAAGUUACGGCCGUACGGAGUACGAAAGCGUCCAAUGCCCUCAAACCCAAGGGGUUCCUGAAGAAACAUGCCUCGUCAGUUAUGCUACGGAAACAGUGAUGCAAAUCUGUCAUGGAAAGAGGAGGUGCACUUUGUCGGCGGAUGCGGCCACAUUCGGCAGCCCGUGCCGGAAGGACUCGAGGAUGUAUUUAAAAGUGGUCUACACCUGCGUUCCUAGGAAAGUGCUCCGGGAGCAAUACGAAGAGAGGCCUGAAGAGGACGAGAUGUUGCUGGUGGUAGAUGACGAUACUGAAUACGACUCGAUAGACGAAGACAACAGCCUCCUUCCAUCGCCGAAUUUGGCCGGAAGACACAACACGUCGUACGGCCUUCCGGCGACUGGCUCGCCGAAAAGACGUCCCGAUUCUUCAUCCAUGCCGCCCGUCGGCCCGAAGCCGGGAAAUAGGACUUUUCAACACGGAUCAGAUGAUACCAAAAGGAGAUUGUGUAAAGUGCGGAAGGCGACGCCGGUCCCCCCUCCGAACGAGAUCCAGAACGACUUCGCAGGAUUCGCCGACGAGAACGCGUCACUUAUCAACUGCACCCUGACAAUUGUCACGUCUCGGGAUCAGAGGAUCAUCGGCGUUAUAUCACACUGGAUCAACACCUACCAUUUCCUGUCAAAGAACAAGGAGAGGCUGAUACUGUAUCUGAUAGUAAGCGCGGGUGCCGGUCUCGUCUGCAUCCUGUGCCUGGUGAUCGGCCGGCUUGCCUGGAACCGCAGAAAAGCGGCCAAGAGGACCGAAGAACAGGAUCAUGCGACUCAGCUGCCACGUCCUUUCACCGACGACCUGAGCGAAGUCGAGAACGACAUCGACCUCACACUCGCAACACCAGUCGCCCUCAUGCACCACCAUUCACCUCCGGCUGCAGAGGUACGAUCACAGGUCGUGCGAUUUAGCGGAGAUGAUACGGUACCCAGGAGUCUGUCCAGGUCAGGACCGAAUUCUCAAUAUUACUACGGCUGACAGAGGGAUGAGUGCGCGAGCUCGCAACCGUCGCGCACUUACUGUUUUUAAGGCUUAAAGCACAGAUUUUUUCAUAUAAAAAACAAAAUAAAAAAUACAAAUAAAAAUAGAGAAAUAAAACAAAAAAAAAGGUAAAAUUUAUUCAUAUUUUUUAUUUUAUGCUAUCAGUGUUCUGCAGGCGUAUAAAAUGCCACCCGUCGUGUAACCUGUUAGAAUGAAAUUUUACUUGGAAAAUAAUGAAAUAAUUUAUCGAUUAAUUUUCUUAAAUAAAAAGACUGACAGUUUCUCUAAACUGCGGGGCGUCCUUAAUAUUUCAAAUAUUAUUUCUUCUGGUUAUGAUGUACAUAGUAGACGAAGUCAGGAAGAAAAUAGUUAAAUUAAAAGAAAUAACAUAUAUUUAAAAGAAUAGCCUAUUCUAAUCUAAUGAAAAUUAAAAAAA